UUGCUGUAGCAUUAGCAUUAGUAUUAGCAGGCUGAUCACACUCCACCCAGGAGGUGGCGCUGGUGUUAACGUCUCGUUACGAGGCCAAACACCCGGUGGUGAAUAGGAACUGCAAGACCGCCAGUUAGCUUAGCUGGUUGCACAACAGUGAGCUUCUCUAAUCGUUUUAAGGGCAGGAGUGGCCUUUUGGUAGCCACUGGCUCUCAUCCCGUGAGUGGGGCAGCCCGACGAGAAAGGAGACAUUGAUUUAAUAUCAGGUACUAGUAGCCGAUACUGUGCUGGCUGUUGGUAGCCUAUUAGCAACAGCUAUCUUAGCCCAAGGCAAUUAGUGGCACUGCAUCUGAGCACCGCAGAGGUUAAUUUAUGUGGCGCUGGUGCAGUUGUAUGCGAUAAUACAUUGUGAGCUACAUUUUCUGUAAACGUCAACAAGAAGCUAAAUGCGACCGAACGUUGACAUACUAACAAAUGGUGUGUGGCUCAAAUGGCGUCAGGGUCGUAAUUGUCGCUAAAUAUCCACAAAAGCCUGGGACGGAUCCGGACAGUACGGGUUGCGUCUGUGCUGCGCGACGCGUUGGAUUAGCCUGUAAGUACAGUGUCAUUAUAAGAACUCAGAUAUUCACUCAGCUGCUGAAGUUGCUGUGAGGUGAUGUACUCGCACCGGUCUGAGUACAGUGACAGGCGGCCACACAAUGACAACAGUACAAGGAAGUGGGAUGUCUAUGAUGAUAGAGUGGAAGGAAGUGAUAGGAAUUACAGAGAUGAUAGGAAUUCCUAUCAUAGAUAUGAGGGAGAUGGACACAGCAGGGCCGAGAGGGUAAGCAGAAGUCGAGAGUACAGUGAUUCACCUAACAGGAUGUACAGCAAAGAUUCACUGAACAGAGAGUGGAGCAGAAAAAGCCCAGUAAAGAGACGCAACACUUCUCCCCACUGGAGGUCCUCUGAGACCAAAAGGCGAAGGUCUGACAAAAAGUAUGACGAGGAUUAUAGACACAGGCAAGAUCAUGAGGAUAAAACAUACAGGCAGUCACCAGAAGGAUUCUCUCAUAUAAAUGUAUCCAAGGAUUUCAAACAUACACCACCACAUAAAGAAGAUGCGAGAUAUAAGAAUACCUAUAAAGAUUCCAGAUACCGGCCUCUCGAUGAGGAGCUCAUGUACAAGAAACAGCAUGAUAGUUACAGACCGUUGUCCCCCCAUUACAAAGAGAGAGGUCAAUAUGAGAGGAGCUGGGACUGUUCACAAGGAAGGACAUGGUCACAAGAUCACUCUAAAGAGAGUCAUGUCAAAUCCAGAGAGAGGAAUGAUAGCACUUACGGUGAUUAUGAAAACCAGUGUGAUAACAGAACAAGGUUUCGUUCAAAUGGGUCAAUUGAACAGUAUUCAACCAGCACUGAAACGAACCGACAAAGUCCUACUGUUCCUGGGCAGAAACCAGCCAAGGGUUUCCAGCGUUUCCUCGAUGUGCUCAACAAGGGCGUUAACGUUGCCACGCUCACCAAGAUCGUGACUCAAACCUCAGCCGACGCCACUGAUCGACCUUGUUCUCCAGUGUCUUUCACAAGCCGUGCUGAAGGUCUGCAGCCUCCUGUUUAUGCUGGGAGGCAACAAGGAAGUCAACAAAGUAACUGCCACUGGACUGAGCGCAGGGAAACCCAGAGGCUGGCGUCUCCACAGGCCCACAUGUCCUUCAACAGACAGAUGAGUCCUUAUUGUGAACAAAGGCGUGAGGGAGGACAAAGCUACCUGACUCCAUUAGUGGUGGAGAGUAUAACCCUGGAACCUGAAGAUGAGCACAGGCAGAGACAGAUGCAGGGUGUUUUGCAGGCCAUUGGCAUGGACUUGGGGUCUGAUGAACUGGGACAAAUGUCACAUCGUAUUCAGCAGCGGCUUUAUGGAAAAAAGAAUGAGGACUGGGGUUCCUAUCGCGGGGAAAGUGUAGAAAGGGAUACGAGGAGAACGCCCUCUCCAAGCCGUCAAAGUAGAUCAUCUUCAAGCAGAUCCAACAUGAGCCCACUCACUCAAGACUAUUUAAAGAAUAAAGACUGUUAUAGUGCUGAGAGUGACGUAACCGAUCACAUUCAAGCUGGUGACUUUUGCCAGAACAGCAGCAGCAGCAGUUCUUUACUAGACGAUAGGAAAUGUGUAAACAGCUCUCAGGAAAACUCUGCAGCAUCACAAGCAUUUUCUCCAAGUCCUGCAUACACUGUGUCAGAAGCACCUGUCACACCUGUGGUGCCAUCAUACUCUCCGUUCCCACCAAUGACUCCAGCUCUGCCUCCAGUUCUACCUAAUUUGCCCCCUCAUAUUGCCAUUGGCAUAUCUAGGCUUCUGUUGCCUCACCUACCCCCCAUCUUCCCGUACCCCCGUAUCCCACCUCUAAACUUAUUGCCAGGAGUCCUCAAUCCAACUCGGCACCUGCUCCCCCAGCAGAUCAGUAAUAUUCGGUCUCCCCUCUUUAACCUGCCAGUCCCAACACAGCCUGUGAAUGCAACACAAAAGUCCAAAACACUAUCACGGCCGCGGUGUUUGCAGGUUAUUGAAACCAAUCAAACUGGAUGAUGACGGAUGCAUGUGGCGUCUAUGUAACUGUGGCUGUUUGUACUUGCCAGAAUAGUAAAAGGUGCUGAGCAAAGGGUUGGGCUGUCAUUUACACUGUUUAAACCACUAAUUGAGUCAAAUCAGGAAUCAGUGUUGGAAACUUGCUAGAGGCUUUUUGUGAGACCAUAAAGAAAAGCUAAGAAAUGAUAAUAAACUAAUGGAUUGACUUGGCCCUAGAGCUCAGUCUAUUAUGACAUCUCUUCUUUGAAACACUGUCUGGUACUUUACUUUUUGACAUAUAAUUUGGUUUUUAAAAUUGUGUUAAAUAUAAAAAGAAUUUAACAGCGUAACAUAACUUUUUGUUGAAAUGUUCUGUUUUUUUUCUGAGACCUCACCCAUACGUGUACAAAGGGCACUGUUGUCAUUUAGUGACAGUGAGCAUUUAGUCUUCAGCCUAGUUACGCCUACAACAUGUGCUGUCAUUUUGUUUUGGCUUCACUUGCAGAACAUAACUAUAAAUAUUCAACUAAUUGUGUUCUGAACCUCUACACAGUAAAGACGACUACAACAUU